UUUCACAUUCAAAUAACAUAUAUAGUUUAUAAUCCACCUGAGUUCAGCUGUGAUUUAGGUAUAAAUGACUAAGGAUAACUUAAGAAGUUAACUGAUAACUCUUUUGAUAUAAACACAGCACAAAGUUGUUAUCAAUAGGAUAUACUUCUUAAUCAAUGUUACGUUUGGAAUCAUUCACAUCAAUAAUUGUGUUUGAAUGUAAGGAAUACUAAAGACAAAAAUGGCGAAUUCGAAUACAAGUACUUCAAUAAAGCAAUGGAAAAGAACCGUAGACGACAAACUGUGCACUAUAGAAGCACAAGUUAAAGAAAUAAACAAAAGGGUUGAACUAUUACUGAAAACUGCAAGAGUGCCAAAACACAGAACGAGACUUCCAGCUACGCGAAAACCUUUGUCCUUUUCCGAUCUUGACAUCAGACAGCUGCAACACCUUCAGGAAGCUAUCAAAGUAAAUCUGUGCACGUUUGUAGAUGAUUUGUCACUAGAGGGAGGAGAGGUCCUCGACAGAUUAGUUGAAGAAAAUUGCAUAAACGAUGAAGAGUACCACAGUAUUCGAUCUCGAUCGACACCAAAGGAUAAGUGUAGGCUAUUGAUGGUCAAGAUAAAGAACAAAGCACCUCAUGUUAUUCUACAGUUUCUAAAGAUUUUAAAAGAGCAGCCUGUAAAUGCUCACAUUGUGCAAAAGGUAAAUGAAUCUCUUGAACAAAUUUCAAAAACGAAAGCCACCAGGAAGUGUUUGAUCUGCGUCAUGAAAGCUACAGUAGACAUAAGAGAUAUUGCAGAUGAACUUCUCAGCAAAGAAAUGAUACAGGAUGAACUGUAUGAGGAGAUAGUACAAGCUGAAAGCCCACAGAACUUACGUACACAAUUUUGGGAAUGUAUUAUUGAACACAUUAAGAAUUCAUCAGAUCAACGGAAAGAUAUUGAAGUCUUAGAGGAUUGUCUGAACAAGGAAUAUUCUCACAUAGCGUCCUGUCUAGCAGACGUAGAAUGCCAUGCGAUAUUCCAAUGCUGUUUUUGUACAUAUCAUGGGCGCAACAAGGGUACUAGGCAAAGAGAAAGCUUCUUCGAAACUGACACUGAUGCCAGUACGACAUCAGAAAGACCAGAGCUUAGCGACACUGACAGUUUACUGUCAUCGUUCAACAGCUUUCAUGAAGAGGCGGCAGUAUUUAUAAGGCCGACAGUAGUAAGGGCUACAGACAGAUUAAAUUUAAGAAGUAAGAAAAUACAAGAAAUUAAUCACUUCCUGAGACACGACUAUAAUCCAAACAAAAUGUUAAACGAUGCUGAAAAAACGCAUGUAAAACGAACAGCUUCACGUAAAAGUAGAGAAGUCCUUUCUGACAUUGAAGAAGUUACUGAUGAAAUUACGAGUCCAACGCAAGAUACACAAAGCACGUGGCUUUGAAGAGUUCGAAAUAAAAAGGUUCAAGAAAAAAGUUCAAAAGGGUCAAACUGAAAAGAAAAGGCAUCACCAAAUACAUUAGCAAUAUCAAAGAGAUCAAUCGAAUUAAUGUCUUUUGAUAUAAACGAAAAAAAUCCAGACUCUCGAAAUAGGUUAAUAUUAUACACGUGUCGUAUCAUACAGAGAUACAUCUGCAAAACUGGAAAAGCACAAAGUGAUAGAAGUGAAAUAUAAUUUGAUUGAUUCAAUAAACAAUUGAUAUAUUAGAACAAGUGGAUCACGUUCAGACUUUCACUCUGGAAAAUGGCCUGACGAUAACGAUAAUACUGGGCAAUAUCGAGACUUGCUACCAGUAAACUUUCUAGCGAAUGUGAAACUCAAGUGAAAACUAUUAAAAAAAACAAUAUUCACACAAAAUUCUUCCAAAAACUGGUAUGCAAUUGCCAUACAUAAACUGGUUAAUGGUUUCAGUACACUUUAAUAUGUAACAACUCACUAAUGUAUUUCCAGUAUUUGUAUCACAAAGGUCAAUUGCAGACUAUGUUUUCUUUUCAAAACAUGUACUUUGAAAAUUAUCCUUUUUAGUAGCUUUGCUGUUGAACAUUUUUGGGAUGAUGCAUAAAAUGCUGCUGAUCUAUGUCGAUGUUGUUGAUAACGAGGAUGUUGAUGUUAUGAGAGAAGGGAAGGGAUUUCGAAUAUCACUCCAAAAUGUCUUCCAAACACUGAAAUCAAUUCAUUCUAUGACCCUCUGAUAUCUGAUGAUCCACAUAUAUUACUCAACUAUGCCAUUUAUUGCCUGUUACUAUCUUAGCUAGAAAAUAUACGUUAGUAAUUUACAAACAAAUGUGUAAUACUUGACUAAACGUACCUAUGUUUAAAAUAUGCGUUUGUCAAAAACAAAAACAUAAGUUAGACUGGCGUCAAAACAAAUCUUAUAAUUUUACAAAAUGACAUAUGGAAAAGACGCAAUUCUAUUAUAUUUGAGACCUAAAGGUUGCAGAAAAUGAGGUUAUGUUGCAUAAUCCAAUGUACACUUUUGACUACAUCAAACAAGUGAUCGUGAGGAGCCAGACUUACACUCGCGUCAUUAUAGAUCACAAUAGUUUUAUAAUUAAAAACGUUCUGAACUUGAGGAUGUGGGAAACUGAGUUAACAUCUGUUCACUAAGUAUACUUAACGUAUCAUUGUAUAUCCUGCAUUUUUUCAACGGAAGCCAAAACAAAACGAACACAGUAAAAGAAUGCAUGUGCGAGCAUUGAUGCAGCUGCUAUUUCAGUUAUGCAGAAUUGAAUUGAUGUAUCGUCCAAGACCAAUGUUCAGCUUGUAAAGUCUAUUGCUGGGUUAAGUUACGCGGAAGUGAAUUUAUGUAUUGUCCAAGGAAGAAAACACAAACACGUGGCUAUGUAUGAAAAGUGGGCAUGUGUUUCAAACGCCAUGAAAUGAUGAAACGUAAUAUAGCAUUGAAAGUGAAACUUGGACCAAUAACUAUUGAUGUGUUAAAUACAAUUUCCUGAAAUGGCGAAAUCCGCAAAGAGAAUAUUCCGCCGCCACGAUAAAUGUAUGCAGAACCUCACUUGUAAAAUGUCAUGAUGAAUUACGAAUUUAAACUCUUAAUGCAAUUUUAACCUCGGAUAUGCAUGUUAAUCUCAUAAUAAAAUUAGAAUAGUUUUUGUCUUAAUAAUUUGGUUCAUACGUACACUUAAAAACUGAUAAUAUAUUGCUAACGUACCGAACAGGUUAAAGUUUCAUAUUCAGGUGAGACGUGGUUUACAAUACAUCUGAAAUUAGCUGUGACCAAGAUAAAAUUAAAGACCAGAAAGUAGUUGAAUUAUUUCUUCUUGAAAAAAAUUGAUACAAACGCAGCGCAACCUUAAAAAUGAUUUUAUGGCGAAGGAACUACGCAGAAAGCUCACAGCAACCUCGCUGUCGUUUUUUACCACCUACAUAGCCCGCCUCCCCUCCUCCACUCAACAUCCAUGUUCCGUAUGUUAAGUGUCCUAAAGACUUUCAUAUCCGCCAAAUUUUAUGGGACAUUUACCUAUAAUAUAUCUUAUAAUGUAAUCAUACAAUAGACUUUGGUGCGAUUGCACCAAUCCUUUUUAAAAUGACUUAUGACAGGUGCUAAUUACACCAGUCGUGUUCAGUUCAAUACGCUGUUGUUG